GCCUUAGCUUCCGUGCCUAAUCACAACUAGUUAGGCACCAUUAACUCCUUACACUAAAACCAUUUUUUAACUUGACUCCAUUACUCUCCCUCUAAUCAACCUUCCUCCUCCGCCGCCGCUACGGCCUACACCCACCGUGACCACCACUAUUAUUUAGUAUACCCACCGUCCUAUCGUAUUCUAUUUUAAGAUCUUACCUUUCCCAUAUUAUACAUAUAUAUAUAUAUAGGUAAUAUACCAAAAUUUAUCCUUCUUCAUACAUAUUUUGUCUCUGUCGAACCGUAAAGAAAUGUGUCUUCCAUUUCGACCGGUAUCCAAAACCCUUUCUUCCUCUUCUUCUUCGACUAUCGCGACGCGUAUGAUAAAUUGCAUACUACUUUCCGCAUUCAUUUGCUUGGUCUACCUCCUCAUCUCGGCCUCAAGGCUUCAAUCUAAAACCUCUAUUCAUGCCUACUUCUCAUCUUCUGAUCAAGAUCAAUCUAAGAGCCUAACAAAAAUCAACCACAUCGUCUUUGGGUUAGGCUCAAGCACGAACUCUUGGCCUGCGCGUAGAGAUUACGUUAAGCUUUGGUGGGAUGCUCAGAAAAUGAGAGGCUGCGUCUUCGUUGACCAACCUUUGUCGUCUUCGGAGAACCACACAGAUUCUGAUCUCCUUCCUCCGAUUUGUAUUUCCCAAGAUACUUCUCGGUUCAGGUACACUUGGAGAGGUGGUGACAGAAACGCGAUCCGAAUUGCGCGGUGCGUUCUAGAAACUGUCAGGCUAUUCAACGCUUCCUCAGAAGAGAUAAGAUGGUACGUGUUUGGAGACGACGACACAAUAUUCAUCCCAGAAAACCUCGCUCGAACGCUAUCCAAAUACGACCACACAUCAUGGUAUUACAUAGGAUCGAACUCAGAGACUUAUAUUCAGAACUCGAUAUUCGGACACGACAUGGCUUUUGGCGGUGGAGGGUUUGCUUUAAGCAGCUCAUUGGCUAAUGUUUUAGCUAGAAACUUUGAUUCUUGUAUCGAACGGUAUCCACAUUUGUACGGAGGAGACUCUAGGGUUCAUGUUUGUGUGCUCGAGCUUGGAGUUCAAUUGUCUCGUGAGCCUGGCUUCCAUCAGCAGUUUGAUGUGAGAGGAAAUGCAUUGGGAAUAUUGACAUCACAUUCAACGAGACCGUUGGUGUCACUACACCACAUGGCUCACAUUGACCCAAUCUUUCCAAACUCAACCACUUUCUCCGCCGUCCGCCACCUCUUCUCCGCUGUAGAAUUCGACCCUCUCCGUAUAUUUCAACUUUCCGUUUGCUACGACCGUUGGUACUCUUGGACCAUCUCCGUUUCCUGGGGCUAUACUGUUCAGAUUGAAAGUAGGCAUUUGUUAUUACCGGAUGCUUUGCGGACACAAGAGACGUUCCGGCCGUGGGGACAAUCCGGAUACACAUUCAACACAAGAGAGAUUCAUCCUGAUCCAUGCCAAAGACCUGUCACUUUCUACAUGGAACAUGUUUCUUCUAGUCGCCAUAAUGGAACCAUUAGAAGUGUUUACAAGCAAGCUUAUGAGAAUUGCACCUACGAUCCCAUUACAUCGCCUCGCAAAAUCCAAGAGAUUAGAGUGUUUUCAAAAAGACUCGAUCUCGAUAUCAGACAAUUGAAGGCUCCCAGAAGGCAGUGUUGUGAUAUAUUACCUACUUCUUCCACUGGUGGCAAAGUAAUGGAAAUUGGACUGCGAGAGUGCAAAGAGGAUGAGCUCAUCUAUAUGCAUCCCUAGCUAUAAUUUUCACCGUAACUAUAUACAUACACUAUACUUUUUCGGGAUAUAUUGCCAUCCCAACCAACAAAUUAGUUUUAGCUAUUUUCUAUACUCAACAUUAAAAUAUAUAUAUAUAUAUAUAUAUAUAUAUAUGUUGUUAAUUGGCUGGUUGCCUUUCAGCUUUUGGGGGCUUUAAUUUGUAGUUACAAAUUUUUGAUAUAUUCACCAGUCGUAACAAUUUUCUGGAAUA